GUCCUGAGACGGCGCCAAAAAAAUCCCCACAGCUCGAUUUUCUUCCGCUCGAUUCGGUAGCGGAGAGGCCCCAAUCCAGGGAAAAAAAUUCCCUGGAUUCGGUUUCUCUUGAUGGGUGUGGCUCUGAAGAAGAGAUCAAGGCGAUCAACGAUCUCCCUUUCCUCCUCUCGUUCCUCUUCUUCUUCUUCCUUCUCCUCCUCCAUCUCCUCUUACUCUUCCCUGGAGUCGAAUUCGUUCAUGAAAUCCAUUAUCUUCAAUCGCAGGAUGGCCCUAAUCCUAGCCGCAGUAUCCUUCCUCUCCUUGGCGACCUUGCUCUACGCCAAUUCCUCCUCCCGGCUCUCAGCCUCUCCCUCCCUCUUCUACUCCUUCGAGAUCGUCAAGGAGUUUCCCCACGACGAGACGGCUUUCACGCAGGGCCUCCUUUAUGGUGGAAAUGAUACAUUCUAUGAGUCGACUGGUCUUUAUGGAAAGUCCUCAGUUCGCCGGGUUCAUCUUCAGACUGGGAAGGUUCUAGAUAUUCAUCAUAUGGACAAAUCAUACUUUGGAGAAGGCCUAACGAUGUCUGGUGAAAGGUUGCUUCAAGUGACAUGGCUAACACAGACAGGCUUCAUCUAUGAUAAAAGUACUCUUAAUCAACUGAGAACAUUUACUCAUCAUAUGAAAGAUGGCUGGGGAUUGGCUACUGAUGGGAAUAUUAUAUUUGGGAGUGAUGGCACUUCAACUUUGUACAAGUUAGAUGCAAAUACCUUGAAAGGAAUUGGUGAAACCACUGUUAAGUACAAUGAUAUCGAAAUUUUAUACUUAAAUGAGCUUGAGUACAUUAAUGGUGAAGUCUGGGCAAAUAUUUGGAUGUCAGAUUGUAUUGCUAGAAUUUCACCUAAAACAGGAUCAGUGCUUGGAUGGAUUCUCCUGCAUAAAUUAAGGCAAAAUUUAUAUGCAUCCGCCCAUAAUGAAAUUGAUGUGCUGAAUGGUAUUGCAUGGGAUGCACAACAAAAACGAUUAUUUGUUACCGGAAAACUUUGGCCAAAGCUGUACGAGAUCAAGCUUCAGCCACUGAAGGAACAUUAUGAAGACAUUGUGAAUGUUUGCCAGCUGAGGAAAGCGGGCAAUGCUUACUGAACAAGCUCUACUCGGUGGGAUCCAAUUUUCGGUCCUGAGUUUUGAACAAUUUCUCAAUAUUGAAUCUCCAUAUUUCUAUUCAUGGGUGAGCAUUUGUUUCAACGUAGAUCUCCAUGUGAGGUUUAAAUACGUAUAAUGAUGGCAAUGCGAUGAAGAAACUGCACAAUA